AUGGCAGACACUCCCCAACAACCCUCUACUGCAAACAUAGCAGCCGCAUGCGCCAUCCUCGCUGGUGUAACAGGCUACAUGAUCGGGCAAGCAAAGUCACUUGGUUUCCUUGGUGGCAGCCCAAUCUCUCAGCCAAAGAAAUCUGAGAAGAAAGAAAAGGCAGAAGACUCAGAAGAUUCAGAAGACGAGUCGAGCGAUGAAGACGACGACAGUGCGCCUGCAGAGUUCCCAGGUCACAACGAGGAGUGCAAGAUGGUAUUGGUCGUACGAACAGAUCUCGGCAUGACAAAAGGCAAGAUUGGCGCACAAUGCGGACACGCGACUCUGGCCUGCUACAAGCACUUCCUCCGACACGCCCCGGAAUCGACGUUGCUAAAGCGCUGGGAGCGAAUGGGACAAGCCAAGGUGGCAUUACAAGUCAAGAGCGAAGAAGAGUUAGAGUUGUUGCAGGCGCAGGCACUGAGCCUAGGAUUGGUGGCACACAUUAUCCACGAUGCGGGACGGACACAAAUCGCGAGUGGAAGUGCGACAGUACUGGGUAUCGGUCCUGCACCCAAGGGCGUCAUAGAUCAGGUUACUGGGCACCUCAAGUUGCUGUAA